AUGUCCACCCAAGACGUCGGCAUCCCCUUGACCCAUGCCCCGGACUCGCGCGGGUACAGGCUCAUGGAGCUCCCCCCCGAGCUGGAGGCCCUGCUCACAGCCGAAGAUGCCCCGAUUAUCACACUCACCUCCACCCCCACAACGGCCCUCCUCAAGGCCCGAGACAAGACCUACAAGCUCCUCCAAAAGAACACCUCCAACUCGCUUAUCCUCCUCGCCCCUCACGCUACUACGCCUCUGGGCUCAGACACCUCCGCCGCCGUGGGUCUCGGCGCCAUCGCAACGCUCCACGAGACCAUCGAGCUUGUCGCCCAGGCGGAACCGCAGACGAUAUCUAACCUCAAGAACACGGGCAGCAAGGGCAAGUGGCACGAGAAGUUUGGCCGAGGGCGCUAG